AUGUCGCGGGCACUAGCGAUACUCCUCGCCGCGCUCGCUACAUACGUACAAUGUGCACCAUCGAAGGUGCGCGUGCGCCUACAAGAUGGUUGGGUAUGCGGAGUUACUGGUACGGCUGAAAAUAGUACUGUCUUUGCGAGUUUUUUGGGUGUGCCGUAUGCGAAGCAGCCUGUUGGCGACCGCAGGUUUCGUGAAUUAGAACCAAAUGAAUCAUGGGAUGAUUGUUACGAUGCGUCUACCGAAGGACCGAUUUGUCCUCAACACGACACUUUAUAUGGGCCGUUGCUAGCAUCUUCCAACAUGGACGAGGCAUGCAUAUAUGCAAAUAUCCACGUACCCUUGCACGCUCUACCCGAGUAUAACACAUGGAGACAUGCGAGACAUCUUAGGCCGCCGUACGAAACUGGACUCAAUGAGAACGAACAGAGUGGUCCUGGUCUGCCCAUCCUCGUCUUCAUACAUGGAGGAGGUUUCGCCUUCGGUUCUGGUGGGAUUGGACUUCAUGGCCCUGAAUACCUUAUUAACAGAGAUAUCAUUGUUAUCACUUUUAAUUAUAGGCUAAAUGUCUUCGGCUUUCUCUCCCUCAACUCCACAAGUAUUCCGGGCAACAAUGGACUAAGAGACAUAGUGACACUUCUGAAAUGGGUGCAGGCCAAUGCGAAGUCUUUCGGUGGAGACCCCGACAAUGUAACGCUGGGAGGGCAAAGUGCUGGAGCGUCUUUGGCCCAUAUUUUAUCAAUGUCGCUUGCGACUGAAGGACUUUUUAAAAGAGUAAUAUUGAUGAGUGGCACUGGAAUUCGUAGUUACUUCACAACUUCUCCGGCAUAUGCAAAGUUUGUGGCAGAUCUAUUCUUGUCUAGCGUUGGAAUUAAUGCCACAGAUCCUGAAGAUAUUCAUCAGCAAUUAAUAGCAAUGCCUAUUGAAAAAAUAAUGGAAGUAAAUAAACAAAUUCAAGAAAAAUUUGGACUUGUAGCUUUUUUUCCAGUCGUUGAGACCCCAGUUCCAGGAUUUACUACAAUAUUAGACGAUGAUCCCGAAACACUCCUAUCCAAAGGUUUUGGAAAGAAUAUUCCACUUUUGAUUGGUUUUACAAACGCAGAAUGUGAAAUAUUUAGACCUAACUUUGAAAAAAUUGACAUAUUGGGUAGUGUGAAAGAGAAUCCACUUUUAAUUCUAUCACCAAAUUUAAUUUAUAAGUUACCACUCAAAGUUGCAGUUGAUGCAGCUCAAAAAGUAGAAAGUAGAUAUUUCGAUGAAGAACCGACAAUGGAAAAAUACAUACAAAGUUGUUCGGACACAUAUUAUGUUUACCCCGCCAUCAAAUUAACAGGGACGAGGGCAUUAAUGGAAGGCGCUCCAGUAUUUUUGUACCAAUAUUCCUAUGAGGCGGACUUCAGUGUAAUUAAAAAGUCUAAAGGAUUGCAGUUUAAGGGCGCGAGCCAUAUAGAAGAUGAAACAUUCAUCUUUAGAGCAAACGCCAUGGAAGGCACUAAAGGGUUCUCACCUCGAACGCACAAAGAUCAAUAUAUGGUGGAUCAGAUGACUACGUUUGUCAAAAAUUUUAUAUGUUGCAACAACCCCACUUGCGACGAAGGACAUCGGCAGACUUGGCCUGCUGCAAACGAGCACCUGCCGGUCCAGUAUCAAAGUAUUGAAACGCCCGGUUUAAUUAGUUUCAAAAAACAAACAAAGGAGCAGCAAGAGAUGGUUCAGUUCUUCGAUAGAUUACAGACUGGGACCAGU